GUGGCUCUUUUUGACGCGACGGGUCGUGUGUCCAGGUCUCCCAGGGCAAGUGGUGCUCGACCGGGCUCAGAGCUGAUCGCGGGAGGGGACGGUCGGCCCGCAAGUCGGGUGUUGGGUGGUCCCAGGAGAAUGCAGCGGACCGGGGCCCGGGCGGAGCCGAACCCCGGCGGCUAAGAUAGACUAGACGCGUCGGGAGGAGCCGGCCGGCGGCACGUGACCGACAGCGAAGGCCGCGGCCCAGAAAUAGCCGCCUCGGCAGUUCCGCCCCGCGGCCGGCGAGAGCCCUAGGAGACGGCUGGACGCAGGCUGGGCGCGGUGCGGCCCGGACGAUGCUGCUGAGCCCUGGCCCGGCCGGACCCAGAGCACAUGAUGGCGAUACGGGAGCUCAAAGUGUGUCUUCUCGGGGACACGGGGGUUGGGAAAUCAAGCAUUGUGUGCCGGUUUGUCCAGGACCACUUUGACCACAAUAUCAGCCCCACCAUUGGGGCAUCUUUCAUGACCAAAACCGUGCCUUGUGGAAAUGAACUUCACAAAUUCCUUAUCUGGGACACCGCCGGCCAGGAGCGGUUCCAUUCCCUGGCUCCCAUGUACUACCGAGGAUCGGCCGCAGCCGUCAUCGUCUAUGACAUCACUAAGCAGGAUUCAUUUCAUACCUUGAAAAAAUGGGUCAAGGAGCUGAAGGAACACGGCCCAGAAAACAUUGUGAUGGCGAUUGCCGGGAACAAGUGUGACCUGUCUGAUAUUAGGGAGGUGCCGCUGAAGGAUGCUAAGGAAUACGCUGAAUCCAUAGGUGCCAUCGUGGUGGAGACAAGUGCGAAGAAUGCCAUUAAUAUCGAGGAGCUCUUUCAAGGAAUCAGCCGGCAGAUCCCACCCUUGGACCCCCAUGAAAAUGGGAACAGUGGAGGGAUCAAACUUGGGAACCAGAGCUUGCAAGCCAGCCGGCGGUGCUGCUGAGCCAAGGGCGUGGCAUACAGAACAAGAAGGAAGGAGCCAGAGCCCUCUCCGGUGUCCAGUGCACACAGAAGGACCCCACCCACUGGGCUACCUCUGCCUGCUGGAGAGUGAGCAGCUUCAUACCCUGGGAGACCUGCAGGAUGAUGAACACGGAAGUUUCCUGAAAAGAAAUUAUAGAAAACUCUGGAAAACUCACCAUCCCACCGCAACAUGGCCUUCGGUUUCUGAAAUGCAUACGGCAAGGCUUGUACUUGCUAGGUAAUAGAUAUAGUUGCUGCUUUUUGUUAAAGAAGUAUUAGAAACGAUUUAGAUGUGUCCAGAAGCCUUAGAGCCCUGUUCUUCGCUGAUUUCCUAUGUCACCUAGUCAGAUUUCAAUAAUGUCUCCAGGGCCAGUUUACCAUCUUCCUUUCUGGCCAGUUUACCAAAAGGCAAAGGUGAUAUACAGUAUGUUAGCUCUUAGCUGGCUUCGGAAGUAAGCCUUUAUUAGUUUUCUGAGGGAAAUCACAGAUGCACAGCUAGACCAUUGCUCAAACUGAGAAGCGAUCUCCUGUAAGAGAGACAAAAGCUGGACUAGAAACCCCCAUCCCUGUCUUCUUUCAUUUAUCUGAUGAACGUUUUUCUAAGGCAUGACCAUCUGCAAACCAACCAAAUCAAACUAGAAUGUCACAUAUAAUUUGGGGGGGGGGCUGAUUAAAAGAGUUAGCUAGUUGCUAUGUAAGCAGUGGUGGAUGGAAGCUAUCAAUGGCAUGUGGAGUACCCCCAGCAUGCAUCCGCAGUGGUGGAUGGAAGCUAUAAAUGGCAUGUGGAGUACCCCCAGCAUGCAUCUGCAGUGGUGGAUGGAAGCUGUCAAUGGCAUGUGGAGUACCGUUGCAGAGAGUUUCUACUCUUGGGGAUGAUUACGUCACAGAGCAUUAGAAGACAAUGUCAUGAUGUCACAUCUAGGGAUGUUUGAGCCUAAAUUGUAGGGCGGACUUCUGUUGAUAGCAGCUAAUCAAAGGUUGCAGCAAACCAGGCAGAGGAACGUUACCACCCCCAAAUUCUGGACCCCUAAAGGUAUGAGAUCAGAAGAAAGUCCUUUAAACUCUGCCAGCUUUGCAGAGAAAGGCUGUCAAGCCGUCAGCGCCAAGUUCCAGUCAUUAACGGUGCUUGUCAACUCCGGGAUGUGAGCUUCAACAUAGCCUUCCUGCUUCUCCCAGAUCGGGAGGUAAUUGGAUCUUAGAAUACAGGGAAUAGCCAAUACUUGUCUUGAUUCAAGGGUGUCCCUAGAUGUCCCAUAGCAGGAGUCUCAAAUGCUGUUACCAAAUGGCAUCUGUAUGCUGUGCCAGGGCCUUCUCAAGAUCAUCAGUACCUGUCUCCAGCAUCAGUAGCUGACAGGACUCCACGUGCUGGCAAAGACGUUCAUCCACUCACUACAGGUCAAACAAUAAAGAACAAUAGAGUUGAAGUUGAGGUAGCCUCUCUCCAGCUAGUAUGAAGCUUAUUUUUGAACCUUUCUCCGUUUGGGGGGAAUCUUUUGCCAGGAGCUUGUAUUUACCUGUCGGUCUGUCUACAUUCCCAAGCCAAAAUGGUAGCGUUCCGAGGAGAGGAUGCCCCAGCUUUGCACUGGGUUUGCUGUGGUUGAGUUUUACAUGAACUGUCUGGGCUUCACCUUGACAGUGAGCCGCCCUGGGUGGACUGGAGAAGCAUGCAAGGGUAUAAUACGUUGCUUUCUUCAGGCUGCAUUGCUGUUGAUAUCAAAGCCAUGCAGGGGGUAAGUAUGCACCCGUGCCACCAGCCUGAGCAGACAGAUGGGGCACUUGGGCACACAAAUAUUCACCCCAUUUUGGGCCUUCUCUGCAGAGAAGUGCUAAGGCCCUUCAUGCUUCUCUCCCCUGGGCUUGGCAUUCCUUUUGGGGUGUUUUAACAAUGGACCCUCAACAAAGACCUAGAAAUGACAGUUGCUCCGGACGUAGGAUGUAGUGUUCUUAUGGUUACACCCCCACAUUCCCUCCCCAACCCCCAUUUUCUUAUCUCUCACAGGCGGGCAGGUUUGUAUAUGUGUAAAUAUGAUUUUAUGUCAGCUACACCUACAGGUAAUCCACUUCAGAAUGGCUGUGUUUGGCUCGGGACCUUGCGUCCAUAAGUGAGGCACAAAUUAUCAAGGGGAUGCUUUCCCUAAGGACAGAGGCAGGGCUGUGCAAAUGUUUUACACAGGUACAGAAUCGACUCGCCAUUUUUCAUUAAAAGUGACAUAUUAGGGUACUGGAUAUGACGUCAUCUUGCAGACUAACCUGCAUUCUAGCCAGCAACAAGGGCUGUGCCCCAGUGGGAAUCCCAUUCUUUCUUGAGGUUAGGUUUGGAGGAUCGAAGUGUUUCUUCUGCCAUCGUGGACUCCGGCCUGUGUAGGCUUCUUACUGCUCUGAAGCAUUCUGGGUGAGGAGGGAGGAGCCAGCGGUCAGCCAGGGGUUCUGGCUCUGCUCACAUGUGACCAUGCCUUUCACCAUGGUCGUGACACCCAGUGACUCAGCAGUCAUGCCGUCACACAGACUGUCGCCUUCCCCGGUGUUUUUGUAAAGGGUUUCCACUUGGGCUGGACCCAGGUUUUGCACCUAGAAGAUCCCCUCUGUAGACACCUAGGACCCCUUCGCAUCUUGUACUCCAUUCUAUGAUAAAGCGUUUCGGUAGGCGCUCAUUUGUAUCAAUUGCUUUUGACUUUAACCCAUUGGUAUGAUUCAUACUAAUAAAUAUUUUAAGUUUUACAGAG